AUGAAAGUUCUGGGAUUCGUUUGUAUCUGUGCUUUAGAAUUUAUCUUUGCAAGUGCGAGUCAAAAUCAGAAAGACGAGAAUGAGCAUCUAAGGAUACAAAAUAGGAAAACAGCAACUUUAUUAAAAAGAAUAGGACAUUAUGAAAUGGUAAUUCCGACAUUAGUGGAUGAGAAGGGAAGGUUCCUGAGCUACAAUGUGUUCCAUGAAAGCAGACAGAAUCAAACGGGACGAUCGCGGAGAGAUCUUAGCAGGGGAGCCAACCCAUCACCGGUCUUCUACAGAAUAUCAGCUUUUGGACAAGAAUUCCAUUUUAAACUAGAAAUAAAUCGGGAUCUGUUUUCCAGAACAUUUUAUGUUGGCGCCCUCGGAGACCAAGGGGAGGAACUCGCGAUGGAUACAAAGCUUAACUGCCAUUACGUGGGCUACAGUAGUGAACCACACGUCUCUACAGCAGCCAUGAGCAACUGCUUUGGUUUGCAUGGUAUUUUUCAAACAGAAGAUGAGGAUUAUUUUGUUGAACCCCUCUGGAAUGAUACAACCAGUGAGAGUGGCAAAGGACAUCCACAUGUGGUCUACAAGCGCUCUUCAAUACAGUUUCCUAAAGAUAACGUCCAUUGUGGUGUCACAGAUAUACUUAAAAACAAACCUGGACAGAGGGAUAACAUAGCUCCUGGUGAUCCUGGGUUAAUAAAUUCCUGGAAUAAAUUGAAAUUUAGGGAUCGUGUUAAAAGGUCAGCGGUCAGCAGGGAGAAAAAUGUGGAAACUUUAGUGGUGGCCGAUCACAAAAUGGUGGAAUACCAUGGGAAGAAAGUCAUACAGUCUUAUGUCCUGUCUAUUAUGAAUAUUGUGGCCAAAUUAUAUCAUGAUGCCAGCAUUGGAAAUGCAGUCAAUAUUGUUGUGAGUCGACUGAUAGUGUUUGAAAAACCUCAGAAAAACUUGACAUUGAAUCAUGAUGCUGACCAUUCUCUGGACAAGUUUUGUAAAUGGCAGCACCUUUUAAAUCUCUCCUCUCCAGAUAAUGGUGCAAUGCAUCAUGAUAAUGCUAUCCUACUGACAGGGUUUGACAUUUGUUCAUAUAAGAAUGAACCUUGUGGUACUUUAGGCUUGGCCCCUGUGAAUGGUAUGUGUGGAGGAGACAGAAGCUGUAGCAUUAAUGAGGAUAUUGGUCUAGCCUCUGCAUUUACCAUCGCCCAUGAAAUUGGACACAACUUUGGAAUGCAGCAUGAUGGAUCUGGGAACCUGUGUGGAGUACCAGGGUCUAACCUGACGGCAGGACUAAUGGCAGCCCAGCUGUCUAAGGAGACCAGACCAUUUAACUGGUCCUCGUGUAGCCGUGACGCUAUAACAGAGUUUAUAGAUUCAGAGAAGAGUUCGUGUCUAGACAACAGUCCUGUAGUGAGAGUGAAGCAUACUGACCACGGAGUACAGAAGGAUAAGAGAGAUAGCACAGAGCAGUGUAAAAUACAGUACGGCAGCCAGUCUACAAACUGUAAACCCGAGUUGGUUUGUAGUGGACUGUGGUGUUUGAAUGACAAGGGUGAAUGUAAAACCAAGGGAAUUCCUGCCGCAGAGGGGACUGGGUGUUUUAUCAUGAACACAAAGGAGAAAGGAUGGUGCUAUCUGGGGGAGUGUCGGGCCUUGGACUACAAACCUCAGCCUGUGGAUGGCUCCUGGGGUCAGUGGUCUGAGUGGGACAUGUGUACCAGAACUUGUGGUGGGGGCAUUGAGUCCAGCUUCAGGAGAUGUAAUGAUCCAGAGCCAAGGCAUGGAGGAAAAUACUGUGUUGGACAAAGAAAAAGAUACAGGUCUUGUAAUAUUGAGACAUGUCUAAACAUUGACAAAGAUUUCCGUGAACUACAGUGUGCAGACUUCAAUAAGAAACCUUUCAGAGGGAGAUACUAUAAUUGGAAAACCUUUUCUGGUGCCCAUGACAAGCCCUGUGCUCUGCAUUGUAUCGCUGAUGGCUUCAACUUCUACACAGAACAGGCUCGUAAGGUGAUUGACGGAACUCGUUGUUACCCUGACAAAAUGGACAUGUGUAUUAAUGGCAAGUGUUUGCCGGUAGGAUGUGAUGGAAUUCUGGGAUCUACCGCGGUGGAGGACAAAUGCCGAGUCUGUAACGGAGACAACUCUUCAUGUUACACUGUCUCUGGCACAUUUAAUAAAGCUCUAUCUCCAGGAACAUAUUAUGAAAUAAUAACCAUUCCAAAAGGAGCUAUGCUUAUACGUGUGUCAGAAAUAGUACAGUCUCAGAGCUAUCUUGCACUGAAGAACACUUCUGACAUUUACUACAUUAAUGGUGAUUGGACAGUAGAUUGGCCCCGGAAAUUCUCCGCUGCUGGAACUGUCUUUCAUUAUGAGCGACUAGAUGGACAACCAGAAGUCAUACAUUCACUAGGACCCACAACUGAGGAUUUAGUUUUCAUGGUUUUAUUACAAGAAGACAAUAAAGGAAUCUCUUACACAUACAACCUGCCUAGAAAUGUGACAGGAUCUGUAGAGAACUCUUCCUUUACCUGGCACCAGUCCUGGUCAGCCUGCUCCAGUAGCUGUGGGAAAGGAAGAAGGACCUCCAUUCCAGUUUGUAUCAACGUCCAGAACAAAACAAGAGUUUUAGAGACCAUGUGUGAUUCUGCAGCUAAGCCAGGCAGUGUAGAAGAGGCGUGUAACCAGAAUGCAUGCCCACCAGAGUGGUCGGUGGGUGACUGGUCUCACUGCAGUGUUACCUGUGGGGGAGGAAGGAAAAUGAGGACCGUUAUCUGUGUACAGGUGCUUAGCCUUAACGAGAAAACAAUCCUCCUAGACAGCAGCUGUAGUCUCCCCAAACCCAGAACACACCGUCACUGUAGGAGGCUGGACUGUCCCCCUGUCUGGAUCUCCGGGGAGUGGGGAAAGUGUUCAACAACAUGUGGCAAGGGAGAACAGAAAAGAGACGUUAUGUGUAUGACGAGUGAUAGAAACAAGUACCUGACGGGAGAGAGGUGUGGCUUGUCUGUAAAGCCGGCCAUUGUACAGAAGUGUAAUCGGGAGUUGUGUCCAGGACCAAAGUGGACGUCAGGCAAGUGGGACAAGUGUUCAGCAAAAUGUGGUAGAGGGAGACAGUCCAGAGUUGUCCUUUGUCGGGAUCACAGUGGUAAACUGGCCAGCGGCUGUGAUCCUAAAACCCGCCCAAUACUUGUCAGGGAGUGUCAGUCCUACUGUGAGAGCAAGCACUCCCCUCAGCUGGAAUGCCUUGACCGAGAUCGGGCCCACUUCUGUCCCCUUGUUGUAAAACACAAGGUCUGUAACCGUGGUUACUUCUUCAGGAUGUGUUGUAAGUCCUGUCGAGAUGCUAAUCAAAUGCCGUGAAACCAAGACAAUGGAAUCCAGUCAUUGUAAUGAAAACAAGCAGCAUCAAAAAAAGUUUACAAUGAAAUAUUUGGAUUUUAUUAAAAAAAAAUCAUGAAAUAAGAAUUUAAGUUUAAUAACAGUAUUCCAAGAAUUUUCAAUGAUCUGUUACACACUAUAAUAUCAAGCUGUUUAGUUUUUGGUAAUUAGUGUAUAUCUAAGUGGUUACAUUUAUAUUAUACAAAAUGGAAAUUCUGAGAAUACUUUGUGUGAGAUGUAUGAAAAAGAGAACACAAUGGAAAAAAUUCAAAGAAUAGUUGUGUAUUUAACUUUGCUACAACAUGAUUGACAUAUCACCUUUAUGAUCAAUGUCAGACCUCUCCAAUUUCUAUGAAAACCAUAUCUCAAAGUCGACAAAAAUUGAUUAUAUUUAUUCCAAAGUCAACAACAAUUUGAUUAUAUUUAGCUUACCUUCAACCCAAUAAUAAAUGUAUGUUUGUGGAAAUUCAAGUUCGAGGUAUAUUAAGUGAUGUAGCUGUUGUGUACUUGUUACAUUUAAAUGUUGGGUAAAUUUUAAGUAUGAUUUUCCAAUCUGCACUAAGAAAUAUGAACAUAAUUAUCAUGUCUUGGCAUCCAGUAGAAUGCAAUGCAUAAACACAGUGACCUUAGCUUAUUAAAAUUAUAUCUUUUAUUUUUUUUUUAUCAAUUACAUCUUAUUCCAAGAAACUACAGACCCAGAUAUAUAUAAUUGAUGUUUGUAAAAUGCCUUUAUACAAUGCAGUAUGCAUAUUUAACUUUCUUAUCUUUUUCUUAUUGGGAUGGUAUAUAAAGUUUUUGGUGUAAUUUGAUAUAAGGAUUCAUUUUACUAUUCAUAAAAACAUGCCUAGGUUCUUUUUGAGCAAUUUAAAGAAAAAGGUACAUUUUAAAAACAUUCUUUACUUAUGAAAUCCCCUACAUUUGAGUCACACAUCAGUCAAGUUGGAAGUUUGGAAUGAGAGAUAAACUGUGUAAAAUAUUUAUUUCAGUAGUUUAAUUUUCAGUAGAUUAGCUAAUAUAUAUCACAAAGAUGAAUGGUAACAGUAUGUAUAUCAGGGUUACAGUAUGUAUCAAAGUCAUUACUGUAUAAAAGCAUGUAUCAAAAAACAUAAAUGACAAUGUGUAAAGUAGCAUUCAUGCAUGUCUAGCUGCAGAGUUUUGUAUGUUUCAGAGAAGAUUAAAAGAAUAAAACUUUUAAAA